GGCUCAAGUUUCCAACUUCUCCAGACUUCCUCGCACUUCUCCACAGUCCUAGAAGAGCUUUAAUCAUGGCCACAAACAACCAAGAAAAUAUAUAUGAACAAAUAGAAGAGACAAAGGAAAACAUAUAUGAAAAGCCAUAUGACAACAACCCAGAGCCGAAAUAUGAGAAUCAAGGUGCAAGUAAGGAAAUUCCAGAGGAGCCGCUGUACAGCACGGUCAAUCAACUGUCUCCAGACUAUAUGAAUAUGAGAAGAACAUCUCAAGAGGAAGAAGAACAGCCUUCACCCACAAGUGAACCAGGAGAGCAGCUCGAAAGCGAGCUCAUGGUGGCCUCUCUGCCGAAUGGAGAUGUUUACGGAUCUUCAUCUUUCGAGGAAACUGGAGAUCCUUGUGAUGACCAGCCCUCAUUGGUCCACGAAGACCUGCUCAUGGCUUACAGUCUCCCAGAAGACGGAUCUCCAGAACCUGAGGAGGUAGUUGACUACAGCCUGAAGGACGUGGAGAACAGCACUGUGGAAGAGCCAGCUGCAGUUCCAGACCCAGAUCAGCCUAAUAUUGCGCUUUUUGUCAAGGCUGGUUGUGAUGGCGAGAGCAUCGGAAACUGUCCAUUCUCCCAACGCCUCUUCAUGAUCCUCUGGCUCAAAGGUGUGGUCUUCAACGUCACCACUGUUGACCUGAAGAGGAAACCAGCUGAUUUGCACAAUUUGGCUCCAGGCACUCACCCUCCUUUCUUGACCUUCAACGGUGAGGUGAAGACAGACAUUAACAAGAUCGAGGAGUUUCUGGAGGGGGUUUUGGCACCGCCAAAGUACCCCAAACUUGCAGCCAGUCACAAGGAGUCAAACACAGCUGGGAAUGACAUAUUUGCAAAGUUCUCAGCUUUCAUAAAAAACACUAAGCCAGAUGCGAAUGAAGCUCUGCAGAAGGGUUUGACAAAGGCACUCACGAAGCUGGACGAGUACCUGAACAGUCCUUUGCCUGAUGAGGUAGAUGCUGACAGCAUGGAGGAGGAGAGGGCCUCCAACCGCAAGUUCCUGGACGGGAAUGAUCUGACUCUGGCAGACUGCAACCUGCUGCCAAAGCUCCACAUAGUGAAGGUUGUUGCCAAGAAAUAUCGGAACUAUGACAUCCCAAGUGAUUUGACAGGUGUGUGGCGUUACCUGAACAAUGCGUAUGCACAAGAAGAGUUCACCAACACCUGUGCCGCCGACAACGAGAUCGAAUUAGCAUAUAAGGAUGUGGCUAAAAGGCUAACCAAGUAAACAGAUGAACAAAUUUGACACAAAUAGACUUUGGGUAGCUCAUUUCUUGGGGAGGAGAUGAUGUUUUCCAUGUAAUUCAAAGCUGUUGAUCCCGAACUACAAGUUAGUAGUUUCAUUCAUCCAGGGUCCUGAUAAUCAAUAAGGACUGGUGCUCUGAUAUAAUUAUGAUGAAAUAUGAAUACAAAAUAUCAGCUCAUAUUCACCAGCUCUUAUUCAUCUCAUAUAAACAUUGUCCCAAGUGACUUUCUAUUGUAUCUCUAUUUAAAGAGACUUCACAUUACUGUUUUCUGUUGUUCUUCCUGUUUUCAUAUCUCAUAUCAUAUCAUAUGCACUGAUUCUUGAGACAUUAGACAUGGAACAAAAUGUCACACAACUUUAUUUGCAUCAAAAUGAAUUUAAGAUUUGUGUCACUUGAAUGUUUACUAGAACACAUCAUCACCUUUGGUCAGCCUAAAACAUAAUUCUUCACAUUGAAAUAAAUAGCCUAUAUAUUCAACUUGAAAAAUAAAUAUCCAGAUAACAUUUUGAUGCAUAGGCCUACAUUACCAUUAAAAAUCUGAGGUUGGUAAAAUUUGCAGUGUCUCUUAUGUUCACCAAAGUGUUUAAUUAAAAAUAAAGUAAAAAAAUAAUAUUGUGAAACAUUAUACAUUUGAAUAUAUUUUAAAGUGUAAUUUCCAAUCUUCAGUGUCACACGACUCUUUAGAAAUCUUAUAAUAUGCCAAACAUUACUUAUUAUUAUCAGUGUUAAAACAGUAUGCUGAUUAAUAUUAUUGUGGAAAUAAUUUAACAGCAUUUAUUUGAUAAAGAAACCUUUUGUAAUUCUUUACUGACACUUUUGAUCAAUUUAAUGUGUUCUUACUUAAAAAAAAAAAAAAAAAAAAAAACAAAAAAAAAAAAAAAAACCUUCACAAACCCCAAACUUUUGAUUGGUAGUAUAAACUUUUAACAAUUUUUUGUUUAACCCAUUUCGUCCCAGUACUCAUGAAUUGGUGCAUUACAUCUUAUUGUUUUCUAUCAGUUAUACAUGACAGCUGUUUAAGCAUUUCAAAUCUGUAAGAAAUGUUCACUUUCAUCUAUCGUUUUACAAUAUCUGUCAAUAUUGCUUUCUGUUAUGUUUUUAUUAUUAUUUGUGUAUAAUGGAUAGAAAGAUCUCAUGUGAGCAGCAGGACAAACAAAGUAAAAAGGUUGGUCUGUCCUGGGCAGCUUUAUAACCAAUCAUAUAUAAUUUCUGGAUUCAUACGUUUCAUGCAUUUUUUUUCCCCGAAGGAGCACUCGUUUUAAAAUGACAUAACGAUUUAAUAAGGUGCUAAUUAAAUAUGUGCCUUCAUCAGAAGAAAUGCAGUGUGACAAAUACAGCAUAUUAUUGCCAUUAAUGACCAUUUCUACACGAAUAUCCUGCUCUUUUAAAGCCACUAGCAGAGUUUCCACAAAUGGUUUAUAGAAAAUUCUCAAUUCUUCAUUGCCUCAUCAUGUAAUUUCUUAUAAAGUACAAGUUGUUCAGACUUUCCUCUGUUAUUCCUCACAACUCAUAUCAUUUCGUCUUUUCAUUUAAUUUUGGCUUAUCUCAAAGUGUUUGACAUCAGUCGGCGCUGGAUAUAUCAUACUUAAAUAUUUAUUCACAACCCCAUUUAUGUGAAAUUAACGAGCUGAGAUGGAAAGGAGAUUCACAACACACGGCAGUCCACCGAAAUGGAGAAUAAGGAAAUCUGAUCGGGCGUCCAUCCAGGUCUCCUCCUCUCCACUUAGCACUGCUGGAAUAUCAUAGGGCCCAUGAUAGGUCCUUGUGGAGCUCCUGCUCUUGUGUGGUUUGGAAAAGCGUUUGAUAUGAAAUGAGAGUGUGGCGCCAGAGAGGCCUAUUCCGAGUGAAGCUCUAUGAAUAAAAUAAUAUUUUCACAGUU